UGACUGGGUUAUUCACUGGGUGUGAAAGCAGAGUGGGACGGCUGGUCGUUAAAGUGCCUGCCUGAGCGCCGCCAGGACCCUCCUCUCUUCACUACGGCGCUUUCGCCCGUUGUACGUGUUGAGCGUGAUGCCUGUCUAAAGAACUCGGGUCCGUCCUGCCUUCCCGGUCUUUCGGUGCUUCAACGCCACAUUUUAACCGGAACCCCUCUGUCGAUUCAUUUUCGUGGGACCCUAAAGUUAAUUGGAUUUGUUUUAUUAUUAAACACAUUUUAUUGAUCAACGUUGUAUUCACGGCUCCGGCCAUGGCAGCGAGUGCGAAGCGAAAACAGGAGGAAAAGCACCUGAAGAUGCUGCGGGAAAUGACGAGUUUGGCGCCCAACAGAAAGUGUUUCGACUGCGAUCAGCGCGGCCCGACCUACGCCAACAUGACCGUGGGCUCGUUCGUGUGCACGACCUGCUCAGGCAUCCUACGAGGCCUGAACCCUCCACACAGAGUGAAGUCCAUCUCUAUGACGACUUUUACGCAACAGGAAAUAGAAUUUCUUCAGAAGCACGGAAAUGAGGUAUGCAAACAUAUAUGGCUCGGUCUCUAUGACGACAGAAACUCGGCCAUCCCAGACUUUAGAGAACCUCAGAGAGUCAAAGAGUUUCUUCAGGACAAAUAUGAGAAGAAGCGAUGGUAUAUUCCUCCAGAUCAGGCUAAGACAGUGUCUUCAGUUCAUGCGUCUGUCUCUGGUUCAUCUAACAGCAGCACCAGUAGUACCCCAGAGGUCCGACCUCUCAAAACUUUACUAGGAGAAUCUGUACCCAGUUUACACCUCAACAAAAACACACCUAGUCAGUCUCCGGUUGUGUCACGCACUCAGCUGACCCAGAGUCAGUUUCAGGACAGGAAGUUCGAUCUGCUCGGCGAACUGGGCGGAGACAUUUUUGCGCCCUCACAGUCCGCAGGCAACGCACACUUUGCCAACUUUGCACAUUUCAACAGUCAUCCGGCGCAGAAUGCUAACGCCAAUGCAGACUUUGCCAAUUUUGAUGCAUUCAAAAAUUCUGCUGCUCCAACCGCAUUUCCAUCAGCUCCACAGGCCUCAUUUCAGCCCACACCGACAGGUAGUGCGUCAGGAAUGGCUAAUGCCAAUUUCGCGAACUUCGAUAACUUCCCCAAAUCGUGCAGUGCAGAUUUUGCAUCCUUUAGCUGCAGUCAGAAGAACGCAGGGGGAGCGGAGGCGUCCAGUGUCCCCCCGGACCGAUACGCAGCCCUCGCCGACCUCGACAACAUGUUCGGCACCACCAAACCCGAGCAAGGCACAAGUUCUGCCCCGGCGUCUGCAGGUGUGGGUCCUCCCCCUCCUCAAGCCGCUCUUUUGGGCAGCAAUCGCUAUGCUGCACUAGCUCAACUGGACACCGUCUUCUGCACCUCAGCGCCAAACGUCGGCGGCUACAACACUUCCACCACAUCACAGGGGCCUAUGUUUGGAUCCUCCACAGCUGUUCCUCCCUCUCAAGCACAACAGGGUAUUCCCAGCAUGCCUCAGGGUUUUGCAGGUUCAUCAACAAAUCCAUUUUUCGCACCCGUGGCUUCUCAGGCCGCUCCCACUAACCCGUUCCAGACCAAUGGGAGGGCAGCUGGUGUGGGCGUGGCAGCAGCAGACAUAGGACCCCUGCAGGGCCAUAUUUUCCCUGUGGCUCACUUUGCUUCCUUUGGUCCUCCGUCUAUGAGUAUGCCGACUGGAUUUGGAAACGCCGCUGCUUACAACGUUCCCACCAGCUUCAGUGGAAACUUCCAGCAGCCUUUCCCUGGACAACCCUUCACCCAACAACACGCGUUUCCACAGCAACCCAACGGAGGUUUCACUGCAUUUGGUCAGGAUAUGGUCACCCCAUUUGGACAGAACAUGACAGUGCCUGGACUAACUAAUAACCCUUUUCUGGCAGGAGCACCAGCAGCUCAAUAUCCGGCAGGAGGUUCCUCCACAAACCCCUUCUUAUAGCACUGUUGUCCUCCACUCCUGUAGGGGGCGACCCGCAACUGGUUCCCACCUCUUGCACUGUUUUGUUUCCCAAGUAGCUUUAAAAACGACAUUUCUUAAAUAAUUUUUUAUUGAAUUUUAAGAACAAUAGACUGAAAAACGGCAAAGAAAUACAUAUAUAUUAUCUGUGACAUCGUCUACUCUACGCCAACACAAAACACGUUUCAGGUGCGUGUGGAGAGAAGGGGCUUUUUUGCUGUGCUCCACUGUGUUCCUGUGAACAGGCCUGCAUGAAGUGGCCGAUAGCUAAGUUAUUGCAAAUGUCCCAUUCACAUUGAUGCUGCAAUCUUGUAUAUAAUUCUUUCAUAGAAAUCCCUCAAUUCUAAAUCUUUGUGCAUAUCAGUAUUUGUAUCUUUAACACGUACGCACACACUCACAAACACAUGCUGCAUAUAUGGCGCUGACGUCAGCCAUGCUGUGAAUAACGUUUUACGAUAAAUAAGAAUGUGGAAUCUUUUUUGACAUCAACGUGAUGCCUUUUUGCGCUUUGGUUUUUGCUCUUAUCGAGGCGAAGAAUAAACAUUUUCCGUUCGAGGACUUUCAAACUUCCAGACUCUUUUUGGAUGUCAGCCCCUCCUGAACUCUCACCUGGACAGGAGAGUCAAACCACUUAUGUUACAGUCUAAGUUAAGUGUGUGUGUGUGUAUAUAUAUAUAUAUAAAUAAAUAAAUGUAUAUAUAUAUACAAUAUAUAUUAAAAUGAAUUUU